AAUAAAAUCAACACAACAGAAACGUCAAAAACCACGAAGAUUACGUGAUGCAAAUCAACUAAAAAUUACGGCAAAGCACGAGCUCGUUUAGAAUCGGCGAUUAUCGCAGCGUAAAAUCUGUGCGUUCCCUAAAACCCGCUUGUUAAUCCAACCGAGAAGAUGCCCGCGAUUCCCGGCAGCGCGUACGGCCAGAACCAGCAGCCCUCGUGCUUUGACCGCAUGAAGACGGGCUUCACCAUUGGGUUCUGCGUCGGAAUGGCUAGCGGGGCCCUGUUUGGCGGAUUCUCUGCAUUGCGGUACGGACUACGAGGUCGCGAACUGAUUAACAAUGUUGGCAAAGUUAUGAUCCAGGGCGGUGGCACUUUCGGCACAUUUAUGGCCAUCGGAACGGGCAUCCGGUGUUGAAGGGGUUUUAAAUGUUAUCAAAGAUCAAUGCAAUAAAGAGUUAAAAAGAGGA